AAAGUGGCAGUCAGCUCUCCCAGCCCCGUUGUCACAGCUCUGUUACCGCCCCCAUCCCAGGCCAGACACACACCCAUCAGCGAGGGGGAGAUCUUCAGGCUUCCAGGCAGGCUGAGAAUCCAGCCCUCACUGUGGAGCAAGGAUGACGUGAUCCACUGGCUAAGAUGGGCUGAGAAAGAGUAUUCCCUUCGGCAAACCGACGAAAGCAAGUUUGAAAUGAACGGCAAAGCCCUGUGCAUCCUCACCAAGGAUGACUUCAGAUACCGAGCUCCGAGCUCAGGUGAUGUGUUGUAUGAAAUACUCCAGUAUAUCAAAACUCAAAGAAGAGCCCUGGUGUGCAGCCCUUUGCUGAGCCCACCCUUCAGGGAAGCCAGGAGCCCAGAGGAAGGGCUUUGGAAGAUGUCCUGGGACCUGCCACAAUGAACCACAGGAUUAUUUGCUUAUUUUUUGUAGGGACAGAGUAGUGCCUCAGUUGGUGUUUCCUCCUGCCUGGGGGGUGCAGAACAGCCUGUGUCCCACAGCCCCGCAGAGCCGCUGAACCUCUCCCAUCACAGCUCGGAGGGCAGCUGCAGGGCAGGUGCCAUCUGCUCUUUUCCUAUGACCCUGGCAGCCCCAGUAGAUGGGAAAAUUGCAGACUGCAGGUUGCUGUGGGAUUACGUGUACCAGCUCCUCUCUGACAGCCGCUACGAACCUUACAUCAAAUGGGAAGACAAGGAAGCCAAGGUCUUCCGCGUUGUUAACCCCAACGGACUUGCCCAGCUCUGGGGGAACCACAAGAACCGGAUGAACAUGACAUAUGAGAAGAUGUCACGAGCGCUCAGACAUUACUACAAGCUUAACAUCAUCAAAAAGGAGCCAGGGCAGAAGCUGUUGUUCAGGUUUUUGAAGACUCCUGGGGAGAUCAUCCAUGAGAAAUCCAGCACACUGGAGCAGCUGGAGAAUGAGGACCAUGAGGAUUUGAAAGAAGACCCACUGGAGGUUUCAGCAUAGGAAAUCUUUGAAGGUGCAUCGCAGACAGACUUGUGCUCCGCUGGGAAGUGCCGGCGUCUCUUGUCUCAGGGACAGAAGGCCACAGAGCUGGUCCUGGAUUUCAAAACCUGCCUUGAGCCAAAGCUGUGA